GAGAAGAAUCUUAUGUGAGAGCUUGUGGGUUCUUUUUGUCUCUGAGUUCUGGUUGUUUGGAAUCCGAGAAUCUGCGAGAAAUGGACGAUGAGUACGCAAAGCUUAUCAGGAGAAUGAACCCACCAAGAGUGGUCAUUGACAAUGAUUCUUGUGGGCAUGCCACAGUUAUAGAGGUUGAUAGUGCCAAUAGGCAUGGAAUUCUCCUUCAAGUUGUUCAAGUUCUUACAGACCUCAACCUCAUAAUAACGAAAGCUUACAUCUCUUCUGAUGGAGGAUGGUUCAUGGAUGUGUUCAAUGUGACUGACCAUGAUGGAAACAAACUCAGAGAUGAAGAGAUCCUCAAUUACUUACAAAAAACUCUUGAAACUGAAGCCGGUUUCUUGAAUUCAUUGAGAGGCUCAGUUGGGGUAAUGCCUUCUAAGGAGGAUACCUCCAUUGAACUAACUGGCAGCGACAGACCCGGGUUGCUGUCGGAGGUGUCUGCAGUGCUGACAGACCUGAGAUGCAACGUGGUAAACGCUGAGAUCUGGACACACAACGCUAGAGCAGCAGCUGUUAUUCAUGUUACAGACCAGGCAACUGGGUGUGCGAUAGAAGACCCAAAACGUCUCUCAAUGAUUAAGAAACGGCUCGGCAAUGUCUUCAAAGGCAACAGCAGUUUCAGGACACCCAAAAUGACCAUAUCUUCACCUGGGCCUGUGGCAAUGAACAGAGAUAGAAGACUGCAUCAGAUGAUGUUUGCUGCUAGGGAUUUCGAAAGGCUGGAAUAUGUCCAGGACAAAAACUCAAGGCCCCAUGUCACUGUCUUGGAUUGCAGUGAUAGAGAUUACACCGUUGUUACCAUUAGGUCCAGAGACAGGCCAAAGCUAUUAUUUGAUACUGUGUGUGCUCUAACAGAUAUGCAGUAUGUUGUGUUCCAUGGAACUGUCAUCACAGGAAGAAUGGAAGCUUAUCAGGAACACUACAUCAGACAUGUGGAUGGGCUCCCUUUACGUUCAGAAGCCGAGCGGCAACGUGUCACAGAGUGUCUUGAAGCCGCGAUUGAAAGGCGAGCCUGGGAGGGACUGGUGCUGGAACUCAGCACAGAAGACCGGUUCGGCCUGCUCUCAGACGUUACAAGGGUUUUCCGGGAGAAUGGUUUGUGCAUCAAGCGAGCAGUAAUCACAACAAAGUGUGGGAAAGCAAAGGAUACUUUCUUUGUGACAGAUGUGUCUGGCAACACUGUGGAUUCCAAGACAGUUGAGAUGAUUAGGCAACAGAUAGGACAAACCAUAUUGAGGGUGAAAGGGAACUUGAACUUCAGUCCGAAGCUUCCCCAGGAGGGAACAAGAAGUUUCCCCUUUGGGAACUUAUUCAAAGGACGAAGCUUCCAAACUUUCAAACUCAUCAAGUCCUACUCAUAGCUCAGCCAUUGUCAUUUAGUACAAGGGACUGAUAGAGAUAUGAUGCUGCCUAGGAACUUACACUUACCUUGGCACCAUAUGAAACUUGUGUAUAAUGUGGAAGUACAUGGUUUGUACGUAUGGGAUUACAUAUUAAGAUUGUACAGUCUUCUGAGGGAAGAAAUGAAUGAAUCAAGUUUGUGAA